AUGUUUUCGUGCAGUAGAUGGUUGAGCACCGAAGCUCUAAACAUGAUACGUAUCAAUAAAUUUACCCUGGUAUUGACGAUGGCGUGUUUGUGUUGCGUGACCAGUAUCAAGUUGGACGAACUCAAGAACGAUAAAAACCUGUUAUAUCAGAAUCUAUUUAAACCAGAUCAGCUGAGCAAGGCCGGGGGCAGCAGUAGCGUAGCGUCAACAAGGUCCGCGUCCAGACCCUCGUCAGGCGACCGCGACGGCACUCCGGGACCGAUGGCCAAGCACGCCGUCAACAAAUCGUCGAUGGAUGGUGAGGAAACGUCGAAGACGAGAGCGGUGUCGGCGGACGCGCAGCCCAGCGCCCUCAAGAGCACGAUCAGUGAAAAACGAGCGGAAAAGUGUAAGGAGAAGUGUCCGGCGAACAUCAAAGAGUGUUGCCGAAACGCCAUUGCAGAAAAAAGUUGCCACAACGCCACCGAUGAUCCCGUAUCAUAUUUUGUCAACCCAAGCUACCCAAACGAAGAUUGGGACUCUUCUUUUUGUGACUUCCGUGUGGAUAUCAAGAAUAGRAAUGUGUGUCAACUAAGMUUAUCGCUUAAAUGGUAUGUGUCGUGUAUUGAUCAGCAUUUACUAAUAUAUUUCCCGGUUGAUCCUAAAGCUGGUGGCUCAUCCGUAGCACUCAUGAUGAUGACGUCACAGUCUUCAAGAUAUUCGUGGAAGGUGCGUAUUACCCAAAUCGACUGCCUUGCCGAUCCUCAGUCUGUCGCGCCUACCGGAUGUCUACAAUACCAUACCAGCCUCAGCGGCACCAUACAGAGCUUCAACUACGCAGGCGGUAUGUACCAAUCAGGACUUGACUAUGCGGUGUGCAUCAAACGGUCGGUGAACACUUGUCGGGUCGAAUUCCAGCAGGUGCCCGGCUCUACGUUCGGUAUAAACUCUAUGGAAGGUCCGUCACUCGAAGAAGGCGUCGGACGGGCGGGUGAAGUGAGUUGCGAUCUCGUUUCACAUGACUACUUACAUAUUCCCGGAGGUAUGUUGGACAUAGGCGAGGAAAUAUUAGCGGCUACAGGAAACGUGGAGGUAUAUACGCCAACGGCGGAAAAAUUCUGCGGACGAAGUUUGUCCGGCCUCGCCAUUCAGGAGUUUGCGGAAAAAAUCAAAGUAAACGAUCCGCUAGGCGCACAGGACAACAACACGAUCGCGACGCCGGUGACAACUUAUGCGUCCGGACCAAUCAUAAUCAGAUUCCAUACGGACAGUGUAACCGUUAAAGAAAGGGACAUUGGAUUUUCGAUCGCUUACCAACAACUCGGCACGGGCUGUAACAAGAACAAAAUCAGACGAUGAUUUCUGAGUUCCUYUCUUUAUAGCGUGUUCAAAAUACAUAAUCUAUGGGCGAUCAGAUAUAAUUUAAAAUAAUCGUUGUGUAUAUAAAUAUUUAAAUUAUUUAUUUAUUAAUUUUCCU